CAUGCUUCGUGACAGACGCACCCGAUGAUUGUCUUCUCUGACAAUCAUGCGUAUUGAGCCUGCUUCUAGCGAUGUCGGAGGCUGACGGCUCUGCUUCACGACGCGUGGGGUCACGCAGUCGUGCUGUCGACUCGAGCGUGUCAGAUCUCGAUCAAAUUCCGGAAGAUGCAAACAUUAGUGUCGCAGAUGCCGCGGGCCCAAAGAACAACGAUCUCAACCCAAAUCCAGACAUACUCGUACAGUCGACAGAGCUUCUCGCGCCGCCGCUUCCACCUCGACCAACAGUAUCCAAAGCAGGUUCUCUGCGGGUAUCCUCGCGCGCCACACCAACUACAGCCUUGUUUUUGGCCGAUGUUCACACGCAAGCUAAUGCCGACACUGACAGCCUACACUCUGUGCCGGCAAGUAGAAAUGUUUCCCGGAAGCCGAGCUUCACCCAUCUGGGACGCUUUAUGAAUAGCAACAGCGACGCGGACGACUCAGCAAGCUUGAAGAGCUUUGCUCCUACAUUAGAUGUUCGAGCUGAUGGACGAUCUGUCCUUGGUGAUUUAGCAGAUGAGGACGCAAGCUCGCUCUGGAAGGCUCUUGAUGCUCAUAUUGAGACCGAGGAUCCUUUUGAAUUCGUCUCACCAGCCAUAGAGGCGCUGAAUGAACGAAUCGAGAAUGAAUUCGAUUCCAUCAAACCUGAGGCGUUGGCCAACCUAUCAGAUGGUGAAGUAUUAGCCAAAUGGAAAGCGAAACUCAAACACUUCAUCAUCCUAUCGGCCUCGGGUAAGCCGAUAUACAGCCGUCACGGAGAUGACAAACUCAUCAGCCAUUAUGUUGGAGUUGCUCAGACUCUCGUAUCGUUCUACCAGAGCGCAGAAGACUCGCUCAAGGGCUUCACGGCCGGCGGAACCCGCUUCGUGAUGCUUCCAAAAGGACCUCUGAACCUCCUUGCCGUCAGUCGACUCGGCGAGAGUGAUGCGCAACUACGCACUCAGCUGGAGUCACUAUAUAUGCAGAUACUGUCUACUCUCACCCUGCCGGCAAUGGAGCAAAUGUUUUCCAACCGGCCGUCGACAGACCUUCGCCGACCAUUGCAAGGCACAGAUGUACUAUUAGACGGACUUGCCGAUGGCUUUACACGCGGUUCACCAUCGACUUUGUUAUCAGCCUUGGAAUGUCUGCGGCUGCGAAAAACGCAUCGCAAGGUCAUAAAUGAGACAUUGCUGAAGGUCAGAGCACCCAACUUGCUGUAUGGCCUGAUUGUGGCUGCUGGACGUCUAGUCAGUGUGGUGCGUCCAAAGAAGCACUCUCUGCAUCCAGGCGAUCUGCAAUUAAUCUUCAAUAUGCUGUUUGAGGCUGGCAAUAUCAAAGCAGGUGGCGGCGAGAAUUGGAUUCCGCUUUGCUUGCCUGGUUUCAACAACACUGGUUUCUUGUACAUGUACGUCAGCUUUUUCAACGCCUCCGAGAAGCCGUCCACUCCUACGACAUCAACAACAAAUGAGCGCCCGACGACUUCAUCGUCGUCAGACAUCCACCACAACGACGAACUGGCCAUCGUCUUGAUAAGUGCCAACAAAGAAGCUUUCUUCGAGAUGCGCAAAAUGCGUGACGACCUCGUGUCUCAACUCGAAUCAAAUUCCAGCAUGACCCACAUCCGAACCGCUAUCCAGCGCGGACAAGCCAGCUGUUCCGAGAUAAUUCCAGGCACAGUGAUUCGCCACUUCCUCUACAAAUCACGUGGAAAUGUACAGUUUGUCAUGCCUUCGUUUGCACCGACCUUUCCCUCUUUGGUCACUCGUCGCCGCCUGAUGACCGUAUAUCAUCAUCUCCACGAAAGUAUACAUUCGCGAACAGCACACUUGCGUGUACAGCAUUGCGUCACAGAGGAUGCAACGGCUUUGGCAUGGGAGACGCCAUUGUUUGAGCUUUAUUGUAUCGCGGGACCUCAAGCAUCUCGCACAUCUCUUGCGCAAGGCGCGAAUCGGAUUGUGCAAUGGAUCAGGCGAGAAGAGGAGAGAGUGUUCAUCAUUGGUGGGGCGGUCUUUUAGGAAAGGUCGUCAGGUCCGGUGAAGAUUAGAGGAUCGAACGGGUCGUCGGCGAAGAAUGAUGUCUACGGCUUAAAAGCAUAGGUAUGGAAAGGCGCAUCAUCAUAGAUAUUACCAUGAGACAAUAGUGUUUAGCAAAGUCGGAGGUGACACAUGAUUGCGAAUUUGGUUGAGGAAUAUAUACAAG